AUGGCCGACGAUAACAGCAAGACGUCUGAGAACGUGGCAAGUACCAACAUCAGCCGCUUCCGUGGAACGCACGAUAUCAAUAACAGUAAGGAUUCUCUUCCUGUCCUGCCGUGGUCUGAGGUCCUCCUUGCCUUGAAAUGUGGUGACACCUUCGUGUCGGCCAAUGUCGUCAGGUUCAUGUUGCCGGUCAUCAAGAAAGAAGAAAAAGCCCUAGCUCGAGAGCACCUUGCUCAACAGUUCAGGGAAACGUUUCCUGGAAAGCCCUUCCAUAUUCGAUUCCCUGAAGGCAAUCAGGGUGACGAGCGCUACACCGAAGUCGAGGUCCGCAAAGACAUAAUCCAUUCAAAAGAGAUCGUGUCAACCGCGGCUACGAAGCGGUGGUCGGUGUUGAGAAAGCCACUCGGCCCUCCUGCUUUGAUCGGUGCAAAUAUUCCGGAUGAUCACUACGUCAUCAAGGUUUCGAACAUUCCAGCUCGACAAUACCUCCUGUUCCUUCGGAGUCUCAAAGCUGUCCUGGCUCAAUCUUUGAGCCGUGGUUCUGACGUCGCGAUCGAAGUGGUCGACGUCUUCUUCGUCGAGGAAUUCCUUGUACUGGCAAAAUUUUGGACUUUCUCUCACAGUGUCGCCGUUGUUGUGCGUCUUCCGGUCAACUCGAACGGUCCAGCUCUGGCACAUGACUGGCCAGGCUAUAUCUGCUGGGACUCGGUGGACCUGCUUACCCCCGAGUACAUGAACCGGUACAACUAUUAUGAGAUCUGCAAGCAUACUGCGCAAGAGCUCGAUGGACCCAACGCCCGGCACGAGACCUCCGCCUGUCCCAAGCGCGGAGUCGAGAGUGCACGCGUGUCGACAGUGAUUGCUUCGCCUCGGCAUGGCAGCCCGAGCAGUGGUGCCAUUGGCAGCGUGGACCAGAGCGGCGGCAGCGUCAGCAGCAGCGGUGCCGGGCGCGUUGGUCAGGAGGUCGGCAGUUCAACAGCAGGGAAGGCGACGAUGAAUUGGUCAAUCAAUUGGGACCUGGCACCAUGGCGCUCUCUGUUCUUGAUGCGGGGCAACAUGAACCUGGCCGAGUUCGGGGCUAGAUAUCUGGCUGGCCAAGGCGAGGUGGACCUCGGGCUAGGGCAUGGCCGGGUGGCGGGCGCGGCCACAAAUGUGUACGCUCGUGUUUCCAGUCUUGCUGAAUCUCCUACCGGGGCAAAAGGUGGCAUCGAUCUCCUCAAAGCAGGAAUAGGCUCGGUCGGGAUGACGGAGGAGACAACGACGCAUGUCAAAGACUGGUGA